AUGACUGGCAAGCAAGAAUGGAAUAAACAGCAAAGUUUGAUCAAAUUUCUGACUCUUGAUUGUUGGAAUUAUUAUGGUGAAAUAUUUAGGAAUAUGAAAGCACUGAUGUGUGAGGGCAACAAAGGCCAAAAUAUCAGAAAAAACUUUGAAAUUGUCGACUUCAUAAAUUCCUCGACAACUCCAAUGAGGGGGAAAUUUCCUUGUCGCUUCAGCAAAAUUAGAACUUUCUGUCCUAAGGAAACUAUGAAAUUCAACUUUGAGAGUUUUUCACCCGAAACUGAGUCUGUGAAGUGCAGUUGUAAAGCUUUUACACUUGAGCACAAAAGCUCCAAAGUAAACUUAAAAAUCAAAUUUCAUGGUAAACAUUUAGAGCGCAGCACCGGAAAAAACAAUGAUAGAAGGAAGCAAACAAAAACGAAAUGUUUAGUAUCAGGGAAAAAGAGACAAAGCAUUAACAUAGCACAGCAGAAAUAG